UCCGGAACGGUCGAACGUUGCGUUCGUGUUGAAAAACGUGACCGUGCGACAACCGAUUCGUGUGGCGGUUCAACAAGAGGGAGUGUUAUGCAUGAUAGUGCAUACUAACGUAUAAUAAAGAUAUUGUGUGACGGAAUGCAGUUGUCGAAAUAAAUCAUUUAUACUUUUCCACGGAUAGAAGAUUAAAACGGUUUGUACGGGUCUGUUCUACCGGCAUACAUUCAUCAAUUUACGCUAUUAAAAAGAUUGGUUAUUGGAAAAAUGGCGGCCGAAAUGCUAAACAAGAACCGAAUGAUGGUAUUUAAGAACAAAGGCAAGGAUCAAGAAGAAAUGCGAAGAAGACGAAAUGAAGUAACAGUUGAGUUGCGUAAAAACAGACGCGAAGAGACUUUACAAAAAAGGAGAAACGUACCUAUCACAGAUUCAACUGAUGAAGAUGAUAAUGAAAAGAAUUUGUCACAAAUCAAUUUAAAGGAAUUAGUAAUGAAAGCGGAAAGUCCUGAUCCUGCUGAACAAUUACAAGCUGUUCAAUCAGCAAGAAAGUUACUUUCUUCGGAUCGCAAUCCACCAAUUGAUCCAUUAAUUAAAAGUGGUAUCUUACCGAUUUUAGUUCGUUGUCUUGAACAGCACAAUAGUUCAUCUUUACAAUUCGAAGCAGCAUGGGCACUUACGAAUAUCGCUAGUGGAACAUCCGCUCAAACACAAGCUGUAGUCGCAGCUGGUGCUGUUCCACUUUUUCUACAUUUGUUACUUUCGAGUCAGCAAAAUGUUUGUGAACAAGCUGUUUGGGCUUUAGGAAAUAUUAUUGGAGAUGGUCCAGCACCUAGAGACUAUGUUAUCAAUCUUGGUGUUGUACAGCCUUUAUUAAGGUUUAUUAAACCUGAUAUUCCACUACCUUUUUUACGUAAUGUCACAUGGGUGAUCGUCAACUUGUGUAGAAAUAAAGAACCUCCUCCACCUGUUCAAACGAUAAAGGACAUAUUACCUGCACUUAAUAUGCUCAUCCAUCACUCAGAUAUUAAUGUUCUUAUCGACACAGUUUGGGCAUUAAGUUAUCUUACUGAUAGCGGUAAUGAACAAAUCCAGAUGGUGAUAGAUAGCGGUGUUGUACCACGUCUUAUUCCUCUUCUUUCGCACAAAGAAGUUAAACUAUUGACAGCAGCUUUACGCGCGGUUGGCAAUAUUGUAACUGGUUCGGAUGAACAAACACAAGUUGUUUUAAAUUGUGACGCUCUUUCACAUUUUCCAAAUUUAUUAACUCAUCCAAAAGAGAAAAUUUGUAAAGAAGCUAUUUGGUUCCUUUCUAACAUUACUGCGGGUAAUCAAACACAAGUUCAAGCGGUAAUAGAUGCUGGAUUAUUGCCACUUAUUAUUCGUAAUUUGGCGAAGGGAGAAUUCCAAACACAAAAAGAAGCAGCAUGGGCAAUCAGUAAUUUAACAAUAAGUGGUAAUAGUGAUCAAGUUGGACGGCUUAUUCAAGAAGGAGUAAUCGCACCUUUCUGCGAUCUCCUUUCAUGUAAAGAUACCCAAGUUAUACAAGUUGUACUUGAUGGUAUACAAAACAUGCUCAAAGUUGCUGGUGCACAUGUUGAAUACUUAGCUAACAUGAUAGAGGAAUGUUCAGGCUUGGAUAAAAUUGAAAGUCUCCAAAAUCAUGAGAAUGUAGACAUCUAUAAACUAGCUUAUGAUAUUAUCGAGCAAUAUUUUUCAGGAGAGGCUGAUGAAACUAAUUGCCCAGCGCAGGCUGGAGAUGGAACAUUUGAAUUUGAUCAGACAAUGAGUAUUCCGAGUGAAGGUUUUAAAUUCUGAGAGAGUCUCCUUUCUUUUUCAUCCGAUCGUGCCGUCCCCCGACAAAAUCCGAGGUGGAGCAAAUCUGCUUUCCCUUUCCUCCUAAUCCUACAUUUUUUUCUGCUCCACUGACAACACGUGGUAUUAUUUAUCUCGUGCCACUAUUUGAACCAAGAGUCGUACUUCUUGCUGAUUCAGAGACAAAGCAAUCUGCUGAUUUUUCUGACCACAAAAAAACUUAAAAUGGAAGAUUUAUGGAGCUGACAAACUGUUACGAAGCAAGCAUCGACUGUGUCCUUAUGUUCUAUCCUUCCAAUUCUUCUGAUAUGUAUGUUACCUUUCUUUAUUACGCAUAAUAAAAGUAUUGGCGGAGCGAGUCUUAGCCGGACGCAGCUAGCAAUACGAUAUGUGCGAGUAAAUUAUUCUAGUAAAUUGAUUAGUUGCUCUCUCAAAUGGAGGCGCAGAGAGGAGACCUUUUUAUUGCUUGAACAUGUUGCUCUUUACUCAAACUCAGGAUGAGUCUUGCUUAGCGAUGUUACAUUUAUAAAACGAUUCGUGUAUAUUUUAGGCAUGUUAAAUUUAUAAUGAUAUUGAUUACUAAAUAAAUGAAUCGAUUGACUA